UGAGGCUCCCUCCGCUGUGAUUGGGAAAACCUGUGGAGCCAGGAGCUCAGAUGAUCAUUUGAGCUUGAAGGUGAGCUGGAUUUUCUGGGCUUUUAUGGAGUCAGCUGCAGAUUUGGUUAUGUUUCACUAAGAAAUCUGCGCCACUUCAGGAACUGCAGGGAAGAUGUCCGACAGGCCGCAGAGCCCCGGGUGCCAAGUCCGGCCCUACGACUUCAGCCGGGCUUGCAACCAGGUUCUGGAUCAGGAGAGUUUGGGGAACCCGUCCUCGUCAUUCCACUUCUCUCCCAUGCUGACGGAUCCGGGCCUGCUCUACAACAAGCCCACUUAUGGCGGCAUCACGCCCGCAUCCACGCAGAGCUUCUUCCCGUUCCCUCACGUCUCCGGGGACUACCGGAGCUCCGAGCUGCAGGCCGGGGAGUUCGGCCAACCCAAGCAUUGGUACCCGUUCGCUGCGCCCGAGUACACCGGCCAGGUACCCGGCGUGACCGCAGCCACCCAGCCCACUAACCUGAGCCCCCCCAUCGCCCAGACCCGAGAGCAGAUCAAAAUCCCCCAAAUCAAGACGGAGAAGGACACGGAUGAGGAGUACUCCACGGAGAUGAAGGUCCAGCAGUACCCCGCCUCCUCCGGGGCCAUGCCUCAUGGGGUCUUCUACCCCGCGGCCUGGAAUCCGUCCCUGUGGCCCGGGAUCACCCACAUCCCGCCGCCUGGAAGCAGCAACCAGAUCCACACGGUGUCCUCCACACCGUCCCCAUCCAUGUCCCCCUCACCCCCGAACAACGCGGCCCCGGGGGCCCCAGUUUACUUUGCGUCUCAAGGAGCCGCGGAGCCGCAAGCGCAGACCUCCACGCGGAGCAGCGGAUCAUCCAGCGGGGGCUGCAGCGACUCUGAGGAGGAGAACCUCUCAACUGAGGAGUUGGAGCAGUUCGCCAAGGAGCUGAAACACAAAAGGAUCACUUUGGGUUUUACUCAGGCAGAUGUUGGCCUCGCGUUGGGGAAUCUUUAUGGUAAGAUGUUCAGCCAGACAACAAUUUGUCGCUUUGAGGCUCUCCAGCUGAGCUUCAAGAACAUGUGCAAGCUGAAGCCUCUUCUGCAGAGAUGGUUGGAUGAAGCAGAGACCUCAGAAAACCCUCAAGAUUUUUAAACCAGCUUUUUUAAAACCAAAGAUGUGCUGAAUCCAACAAUCUUUUUUAGGAGCAAAUUGAGAACAAUCUGGGUUAGAAGAAAAGCUCCAAACCCUUUUAUUUUUGUUUUUUUAUGACAGUUGAGUCAAUCUGUGCAAUACUUGUGUAGCUGCCACUAAACGGAAACAAAAUCAUUCAUUUUUAAACAAUCUUUUCCCAAUGAAAUGAUUCACUUUUCUGCAGAUGUAGUGAAUUGUUUAUGUACACUAUCUGGAAAAAGAAUCUCAGUCAUGCCAUAAUGUGCUUUUACCAUGCAGUAUUAGAAUUCAUUUUAAAGUUUACAAAUAUUAACCUGCACUCGCCUGGAUUUUUGAUGUCCAAACUUUCUCUCCUUUAUUCCGUUCCUCUUGUAUUUAUGAGAUCUUCCACACAACUUGCUGUCCGAGUGCAAUCAGAACUGUUACUCUAGCUAUUAGUUUGAGAUUUUAAAAUGGAUUAUAAUAUAUUGAAAUGUAACCACAAUAUUUUCACUCAUUCAAAGCCUUAAUUCCAUUUUGUCAUGUAUUUUUUUUUUCUUGUUUUGUCAGUUUUUUUGUAAAUGCAAGUCAGUAAUUAUUGCCAUCUUUUUAGUAAAUGUGUCCAAACUUCA